CGUUAUCAUUACAGUAACAAAAAAAAUAAUUCAAGGCCGCAACCAAUACGUUACAAAAAAAAGUAUCUGUAACGGUGUUACAAAAGUAACGCGUUGCUGGAAAAUACCGUGUAAAUUAAUGUAUGUCGCAUUUUGUGAACAGAUAAAAAUUUUCUUGCAGUGUACAAAAACCAUAAAUUUUAUAAUAUUUUAUUUUGAAUGACGCCUUAAUAAUUUACAACUCGAUAAUAUUAGAUUGGACGUGAAGCAUUCCUUAAUUUCUUGCUCCAAACGUAUAGUUUUACAGGCCGAUAUUUAUCAAGGCAUCAAAGUGAGUAUUCUCUGUAUAUUUUAUAGUGAUUUCCGGGUAUCUGUUUGUAUCUACCUGUCUAUAAUCAAAACUAAAGAAAAGACGCGCACAUCGAUUCUGAUGAAUAAUACUGGCGCAAGUCUAAUUCCAACGGCUCAUGUUUUGUUCGUCGUAACUAUGACUACAACUUGCUAUGCAAAGAGAAGAGUAUCGUCUCGGAGGCGUAUGUACAAUUGUAGAGGAGACGCUCGACACAUCGACAUAAGUGUGCAAAUUCAGGCGAGGACGUUAAAGACGAUCAGGGCGAAAUGAGUAGAAAUGAUAAGGAUGACAGCGCUUGGGUGUUCGAUUCUUUGAUUGGAUUUUUGCAAGGUCCUAUUUGGUCCUCGCCCCUGAUGACCUUCAUCGAGGAGAAAUCUCUCGUUUUCGAGGCCAACACCGAAGACUGCGAAGAGUAUCGGAAAAUAUAUCAGGAAUACAAGAAUUUAGUCGACUUGUUACUCGGAUGCUUUAUGGAAGAUAUGGGUAUCACACCGGAGCAAUUCGAACACGCGUGUACUGUUAACAGAGAUACAAAAAUUCCAAUACAUUUUCAACAAAAUUUAUUCGAACAAAUAUGGGCGGCGAAUGAAUAUGAAAUAUUCAAAAGGAUGAUGAUACAAAAGAACUUGGAGCUCCAGCUGCAGGCGCUAAAUAUGAUCGAACAAAAAUAUGGUCUCACACCUGCCUCCCUUGUAUACGAGACGGAUGGUUUUCCCGAUGACGAACUGGUCAUGGAAGAUUUGAUACACAAACAAGCUCUGGAAAAUCAGAGCGAGGAAGAACCAGAUAUACCCUCAGAACCAACGACGUUGAUUGCUGAACACGAACGUUUAGCUGCCGAAUAUCAUAAUGAAAGAGCGUUAUUGGAGGAAGCAUUAAGAAAAUCAGAUGGCUCUCGGAAUACUUCGGAUGACGAGUCAACGGAAGAAGUUGAGUGCGCCAAGGUAUCUGCUGAGAAAGAACAAUUAGACAAACUUAAACUCAGGAAGACUGAGCCUCUCAAGCCAAUACCGACUUCAAAAAAGAAAUCUGACGAAGAUGAGAUGAAUGCAGAAGAUAUUAAAAAAAGGCAAGAAUACCUGAAAGCCAGACGAGAUAAACUUGUAGCUUUGAAAAAAGAAGCUAGAAAUCAACAGCUAGAGAUGAACAAAACUCGGCCAAGUUCUGCUAGAAUAGUUGCUGAAGCGACUAUGAAAGGGCAACAGGAACUAGAAGCAGCACAAGCUAUAGAUCCUUCGAUACUUCAAGUACGAAAGGCUCUUGCAGCUCGACUGAAAGCUGAAGUUGUGCAUAAAGUCAACAGGAACUCAAAGUAGAUAUUAAGUGCCAAUAGCCGGAGUAGGAUUUAUGUCCGAAGCAAUUGGUGAUUCAUUCGUUGUUGACGAGCUAUUAUUGAUCUGUGGUUGUUGCGAGGUAAUAUUAUUAUUAGCAGUGUUGUUAUUUAACACAGACUGCUGUUGCUGUUGUUGCUGAUGGCUUUUUGAAUCUACAAGAACAGAAUAAACAUAAAGUUUGAAGAUAAUAAUAUAAUUAUAAUAAAGUGAUGUAAUGUAA